UACAAGCCGUUCAUGAUGUACCUGGUACCGUGUGCUCUUCGAUGAUCUCAUUUUGUAUCGGUCGAUUCAUUUCCCUUUCCUUCUGGAGGCAGGGUUCCGAGUGUCAUCACACCAUCCGUUCACGCCAUCAUCCCCGCCCUCGUCGUUGCAAAGAAGCGGAAAGAUGAACACGAAGAAGGGAGACGCAACUGACGGGGGAGCCAAGAAAAUAGGCUUUUCGUUAGCCACCAACAAAAAGGCCCAAAACCGAGCAACAUCGGCGGCCCUAUCGGGAUCCGCAUUUAGCGACGACGACGAGGACCAAUCCCUCGACGAAGGAAACGACGUCAACACCGACAUCCCAAAGAAACCCCUCGUCAUACCUUGUCAAAAGGACUCGAGGCAGUCUCUUCAGGAACAAGCCAGAGCAAGGAGACAAAAGGAGGCGGGACACCCGGACGUCGUCGAGAGCGGAGAUGUUGGAAACCAUGAUGCGGCCCGGCGAGCCGAAAGCAAGAGCGCCGGCGUCGAAGUCCCCGUGAAACGGGAAGAGAACACGCAGGAAGCCGAUGGGAACAGCAGUGACGGUGCCACGACCGAUCGGGACCGAGCCGCCAUCGAAGCCCUGGAGCGAGAAGCGGCAGCGGCUCAAGGGGGUGGGCACGAUGGGACCGUCAGCGGCAGCAGCCAAAAGCGCGUGAUUGCCGUGUCCGGGGACACGUUUCAAAGGCAGCGCGAGAGGGAACGCGGGAUCGAUCCAACCAAAACCGAAGACCAAAAGAAACUCGACGAAGACAUCGAAGACCUUCCGCCGGACAUUUCCGUCAAAUCGCAGGUCUACAAGAAGGUCCCCAUUGGCGAAUUCGGAGCAGCCAUGUUGCGGGGUAUGGGCUGGACCGGUGGCGACAACAACAGCAGCAACAAAAGAAAGAAUAACGAUGCAACCACCAUGCCGAGGCCCUCCCGGUUGGGGCUCGGAGCAACGCCCAAAAUGUUUGCAACAGGCGAUGCUCCCGAUACCCACUCUCGCCGGCGGCCGCGGCGACAGGACCAGGUGCAGCGAGAGGAACGGUUGAAGCAACAGCAGCAAGAAAUGGAAAAAGAGCGGCAACGGCAGCUUGCUCUGGACAAACAAAGGGUGCUGCAGAUCGGGAGCAUUGUCUAUGUGCAAAGGGACGGCGACCGAUCGAGGAAAGAGCAACUACCGCGUGCGAGGAUCAAGCAACUAGCAGGCGUCCCGGGUCUAAAUAUGAUUCUGGUGCAGUACGAGGGAGAUGCCGCACCCACCAAAACGAAAAAGGGAAGCAUCGAGCUGGUCGAUCGCAGCCACCUGAACGAGCGACCCUUUCAAGAAGCCGAGGAGGAUCGUCGAAAAAAAAGCAGGGAGGGCGAUCGGGGGGAGCGAGAACGAGAUCCGAAACGAUCGUCGAGAGGCGAUUGCUCGGACGGUCGAAGGCGGGACAAAAUGGGCAGCAGGGAUCGAAGCUAUCGCGCUAGUGAUGACUAUGAGGAUGGUCGUGACAAAGACCGCGAGAGGGAUCGCGACCGGACCAGAGACCGUGACAGAAGAGAUCGCGAAAGGGACCGCGAACGAAACAGGGAUCGUGACAGAGAUCGUGACAGAGAUCGCGACAGGGAUCGUGACAAAAGAGACCGAGACAGAAGGUAUCGGGACGGUAAUUGCGACCGGGACAGAGACCGCCUCAAGCGAAAGCGAGACGAUGAAAUACGCCGGGGAGACGACAGCAGCAAACGCCACCAAAGUAGCCGUCCGUCCGGAAAGACAAACAGUGGGUCCCUGGCGUUUUCAGAGUCCUGGCUGACGCCCAACAUUCGAGUUCGCAUCGUUUCGUCGAAAUAUGGCAGAUCCAUGUACAAAGAAAAAGGAGUGGUCGUUGACGUGACGAGAAACGGCGUGGCGACCCUCAAAAUGGGAAGCGGUCAGGUACUCACCGUGCCCGAGCGACACCUCGAAACCGCUCUCCCGAAAGCGGGGGGAAAUGCCAUCAUCUUGAGCGGCCACCAACGAUUUUCGAAGGGACAAUUGUUGGAACGGGACGGGAAGAAAAACCGUGGCGUUGUUCAGAUUUUCGAGGACAUGUCUGUUGUUACCACAUCCCUCGACGACAUGGCGGAAUGGUGUGGUCCCUUAGACGAUGAUCUAGCACACUAAGGUUUUGAAUCGUUUCUCUGUACCGCAUGCUUUCGACAUACUCCGUAGUUUCUAUUGCAGUAUUUCUUUUUCUUUUCGAAUAAUGUGUGGCUUCCAGU